AUGUUUUCGAAACACACUAACGGCAGAUGGUUACUCUUCAUUGUUGCCAUAUCUGGGUGGAUAUCCUCCGCCUAUGGAACAGAGAAUCUGGACUGGUGUGAUCCGACGCUCUGUCCAAACGGCAAAUGGCAUGUGGCUUGUAAUAACGAUGGGCGAUUCGGUGAAAAUUGUCCAGAAGAUGCCACACUGUACGAUCUGCGGCCACAUCGCGCGCUCAUUCUACAUGAACACAAUAGACGUCGCAAUUUCGUAGCGCUUGGCGAGCUACCCGGCUACUAUCCAGCCGCACGCAUGGCCACCAUGGUGUGGGACGAAGAGCUUGCUUAUCUCGCAUCACUGAAUAUAAAAAUGUGCUAUGUAGAACACGACGAUUGCAACAAUUCUUAUCGCUUUCCAAAUGUAGGACAAAAUCUUUCGGGUGUCGAUCGUCGUCAUGACUUGGAGGCCAAUGUCACGGAUAUAAUAGAUAUGUCGAUGGGUUUGUGGUUUGGCGAAUAUCCACUGAUUAAUAGCAAUUACAUUAGCUCAUUUCGCGUGUCGUCAAAUUUCGAAAAGUAUGGCCACUUUGCGGAAAUGAUGAUCGAUCGCAAUACACAUGUCGGCUGCGCUAUGUCGCGCUACACACAUCCCACCUACCCUUUUCUCUAUAUCUACAACACAGCCUGCAAUUAUGCGAGCAAGUAUGCACUGGAGACGCCGGUUUAUCGUGUGGGUGCACCCGCUUCUGAAUGUACAACUGGCCCCAAUCCAAAAUAUCCCGGCCUCUGCGCGCUGAAAGAGAAAUUUAAUCCGAAUUAUGAAUAA